AAGCCUCGAAUGAUACCGAUUUUCAUGCGGAUAUCUUCUGCGUUGUUUAUAGUCGCGAAAAUGAGUGAAAAAUACGAUCCAGCUCUCCUAGGCAUAUUACAGCAUGAAGGAAAAAUCGAGAAGUUUCUGAAUGUUAUUUUAAGUUUUCUUUACAGAAGGACCGACUUUUACAGAAUUAUGAAAAGCAGAGAUGACAAACUUGGGUUUCCGCCAGGCGUUUCACUGAAAAUGUUAACUGCGAUAUUUGAGCAGUACGAUAGCCAGGCAAAGAGAGAUGAUGAAUUGAGGGAAGCCCAGGCACAGCAGAUGACAAAAACUACACCUAGGACCGAGCAGAUGACAAAAACUACACCUAAUACCGAGCAGAUGAAGACAAGUGCAGAGCAAGCAAAAGCAAACGUGGAUGAUGAGACAAUGGAAUCCCAUGUGGCAGUAAAACCAGACGCAAGUCUGGAAGGGUCAAGUGAUACAGCCUUUGUAGCGGAAACCAACACCAACAAACAGACUCAGGCUGCUGUUAAUCCAGAAUUUAUACCCCACAAACCAAGUGAUACCCAGUCAACAACUGCCAAAGCUCAGGCCUCUGGUGACCAGUCAGCCACCAAGACGGACAGCAAGGACACAGAAGACUCACAUCUCACCAAACAACAAGCAGAGUUCCAGUCAAACCCAGACAGUUACAAUGGUGCAGUCAGGGACAACUACAGCUGGGCUCAGAGCAUCACAGACCUUGAUGUCAAGGUCAAGGUGCCAUCAUAUAUAAAGAAAGGUCGUGAUGUUAAGGUUGACAUUGCCAAGAAGCACCUGAAAGUGAGCCAUAAAGAUGAUCAAGGUCAGUGGAAGGUUCUUGUCGAUGGCAGCCUUACCUGGGAGGUUCAUAAGGACGAGUGCAUUUGGACUCUGAAUCCAGGCGCCAAUGUGCAAGUUACCUUGGAGAAGCGUGAGGAGCGUUGGUGGGAGGCCCUGCUUGAUGGGGAGGAGAAGAUCAGUGUACGGAAGAUUGAUGCCAGCCGCCCAAUGACAGAUCUCGAUGAUGAGGCCCAGGCCAAGAUAGAGGAGAUGAUGUACAAUGAUCGUCGCAAGAAGAUGGGUCUCCCAACCUCACAGGAACAGAAAGUGCAAGACAUAAUGAAGAAUGCAUGGGAUGCGGAGGGUUCACCGUUUAAGGGGCAGGCCUACGACCCCUCCAAGUUCUCUGUUGAUCCCAGUGGUCUUAUUAACAUGAAACCAUCCUGAACAAUAUGACUUAAAACAUACAAACAAUCUCAACAUGCACAGGCAAUUUACAUGGCAUAUUACUACAAAUGUGUGCUUUCAUAUAUGUUCAGAGACAAUGGCUCUUGAGAUAUUGUAAAAUUAAUAUGAAGAAUGCUGAUACAUAUUGUUGUGUUCCGUUAAGGGGCAAGGUUGACCUAAAUGUUCAGUUCUGUACUUACUCGAGUUGCUUCAAUCUUGUUUAUGUUAUGUAUGAAGAUUAAAAUUUAAAAAAGA